GAGAAACACAUGUUGGAGAAAAUUUGUAAAAUUUUGUUUCCUCGAACUUUUACCGUUUUAUAACGUUAAUGAGAUGAGUUAGGACAUACGCAUUAUAGGAGCGACAGAUUAACCGGUUCAAGAGAGAAAGUAGUGACAUCUAUUGAGUGCAUCAUGGCUGGGAUUAUACGACAAGCUUGUCUUGGAGCAAUGACGGGUAUACAUAGACAUACUAUUGGAACUCUACGAUCUGCCAGUAUGCUCACAAAACAUAUUGGAGCCAUAUAUAAUGUCAGUUACACACAAAAUCAACCAUUUAGUUCGCUUACUAAGUUCCUCAGUCAUAAUCUUAGAUGCACAAAUUCUUCAAUUUUGACCCCACAAAUUCUCAAGCCAGCUAUGCCUCUGAUUGAACAAACGUGCGGAUACAAGGUCAAGGGGAAGCUGAAAUUGCGUUGUUCAUCUUGUUUCUUUGUCAAGAGACUUGGAAGAGGUUACGUGGAAUGUCAUAGGAAACCCCGUCAUCGCCAAAUGCAAAAACAAGCGAAACAUAUGAUAUAUCAAGAGGAUUCUAGACUCGCAAAAGGACCGAAUCCACUCCGAGAUGUAUUGCAUUAUAAAAUGGGACAAUACCGAUCUGCAUCAAAGAAAUAAUCAGACAUUAAAAAUUUGUUUUAAAUACCACCCCAAAUUUUCAUUAAAAUUUUCAUUUACUUUUAAUCUAAAUUCCACUGCAAUUCAAAUAAACUGCUUUGUUUGUAAAUCACAACUCAACUUGCAUUUACAUGUACUGACAUAGUGUUCACAUGUACUGUAGCAUUUACAUGUAAUGCAGCAUUAUACAUGUAAUGUACAUUUACAUGUACUGGCAUAGUGUCCACAUGUACUGAAGCAUUUACAU